AACCGUCCUGAUGGUUUUUGUUCCGACGCUUGUUUGAGUUGUAACGCGAGUGGGGAGAGACCCGCCAUUGCACGCACUAGGUCUGUAUCAUGCUACGCCUCCGGUGAAGUCGGAGUUCGUGUUGCAGCAUGUUGGUUUGCUAUAACAACCCCCGGGAAGCAGUGACUGCGCAGCGCAACACGGAAACCCGCAGCAGGCACUGCAUGGCGCGGCCGUAGACGGCUGCAAGCUGUAGCGCGUCGCCGCAGCCUGAGCCCCAUGGCGGGCGGGUGCGUGUGCGCGCCAGGCCGGAGGAAGAUGGCGGCGACCGUCCUGAGAGUGUCAACCCCGCGGUGGGAGUGCACGGCCCGCCUCGUUGUGUGUCUGCUCGGCGUGCUGCUCUCGGCGUACGCGUUGCACGUGGAAAGGGAGAAGGCGAGGGACCCGAAUUACGAAGCCAUGUGCGACGUUGGCGGCUCAGUGAGCUGCUCCAGAAUGUUCAGCUCCAGAUGGGGCCGAGGCUUUGGGUUACUUGGAUCAAUAUUUGGUAAAAAUGGUGCAAUGGACCAGCCAAACAGUGUUUAUAACCUUUUCUUUUAUGUAUUCCAGCUGCUACUAGGAAUGACGGUGAGUGCGAUGGCGGCUCUGAUUCUCAUGACCACGUCCAUCGUGUCUGUAAUGGGUUCACUCUACCUAAGCUACAUCCUCUACUUUGUCUUGAAAGAUUUCUGUAUUGUCAGUGUUACAACAUAUAUACUGAACUUAGCCCUUUUUGUUCUCAACUACAAGCGACUUGUUUACUUGAAUGAAGCCUGGAAGCAGCAGCUUCAGACUAAACAGGACUAAACAAAAGAACUGGAAGAACAGAUUAAGAAAUGGGACCUCACUACUCUUGGUUUGUUAUAGGCGUGUCUUGUUUCCACAUUUUUACUGCAGCAAAUAAACAGCAUAGUAUUGUAGUUUGAAUUACGGUUUCUUGGGAAAAUCAGGCUGAAUGUUGAGAAGAAUUUAUAACAAAAUUUUUUGUUACCCGAACUUAAAAUUGUUCCUGUAAGGAAAUGACUGUAGAUGCAUUAAAUUUAUGGAAGAUUCAAAGUGAGGCUAAAACUGGACUUUAACAAGUAUAACUUGAAAAGUACUGUUUCCCAGUAUUUUUUCCUUACAAAUAAUGUUUCAUAAAACAGUGAAAGAACUAGAUUUGUUUUCCUUUUCCACUUAGAGAAGUUGGUAUACUUUUUAUGCAAUGCUAGUGAGCAAUAUUCCAAACAUGUCUGUUUAAUAAUUAUGCGGAUAACAUUUUAAAAUACAGAUUAAAAGCAUUCUGGGUGAAAGUUUGAAUUCUUAUGGAUGAGACUGUUAUGUAAGGAUUGUAAUGUUUACCUUCGAACCCUGAAAUAUGUCUUGCUGUAUACACAAAUCACAUGUAAUAUCAAAGUAUGUCUUGCAAGGUUUUCCUAGUAGUUUUCCAAUAAAACGCACACAUCAGGUGUAAGGUUAAAGAUUACAGUUGUUUAGAAAUAACUUGAGUACAGAUUAGUUUUGAUGGAGGUUUGUGUGUACUCUUCUCUUUCUUUGGUACUGACAUUAAAAAGCACGAAAUUGUUUAAACCUGUUGGUUGGAUUGUAUGCAAAAGCUAUAUUUUGAAAUGGUGUUUGUUAUUCAUACAGCAAACCGUCUGUACAUUAGCCUCUCUGCGUGCCUGUGUAUAGAGCUCUGUUGUGUGUUUGUCACGAUAGCUCAGUGUCGGUGGGUUUGCAGCUGGUCAGUUGAACAACUUCUGCAUCUUUCACUUUUGAAUUCUGUGUGUAAGUGAAUGUAAUAAUUUAAUGUGUUUCAGUUUCUUUUUAAAAGGUCCUGAUGCAGACGCAAUGGAUAUGGAAAGGUGUAUGAUUUUUGGGGAUGUUAACCGUAGUCAUCUCACUGGAAAGAACUUGUGAAAAUUAAAUGUGUUCCAAUCACAAAUCAUAUGUGUCCUUAGCUUCUGACCAGAAUGGAAGAGUUGUGUCUUAGAAAGUCUUGGCUUGAGUAGUUUUACAUGUACCAUUGAAUUGUAACUGUACUUUUGAGUUAUGUGAACAGGUUGGCAUGGGAGUCAAAGAGGAGUGGCUAGAGGCCUUCUUGGGUUGAGGGUUAUGAUAAAACCUGAAGCGAGAAAUGGUUCAACUUUUCAUUGUAGGCACUUGAGGGUCUGACAUCUCUUGGACUUGGAUGAUGGUAGUUCCUAUAAGCAAUGUUAACCAGUGUUAGAGUGUGUGGAAUUAUUAUUCAGUAUUUUUCCACUUUUUCUUACUUGGUUUUUAGUUUACCUUUGUGCGAGGAUUAUUGAAGCUGAAAUGUUUGCGACCUUAAGCUAAGCAGUUACUCCAAGAGAUCAAUAUUACUUUAUGUACAGUCAAAUGCCAUUGAAAGACAUUGCAAAUUGAAUAUGUAUCUCACUGAGAAAGUUAUAAGUAAUGUUUUUAGGUCAGGCUGAAUGAGUUCACUUUUAGUAGUGUGGAAGAUUACGAAAUGGGUGGAAAUGGGAUUUCUUUAUUCCCAAAUAUCACUUCCAAUAAAACUGUGCUCCUCUCUCCCUCAUGUUAUAUCUGUUUGUAUAAUGAAAACAUUUUAUUGUAUAACUGCCUGUAAAUACAUUUAACUUUCAUAUCAGUUUUUGUAUUUAAAUGUAUCUAAUGUGGCUGUACUGUUCCCCUGAUUUACAACCUUGUUUAAAAAAAAAAAAAAAAAAAAAC